UGGACGAAGUGGUGAUACCGCAAGCCUCAACAGCCCUCCAGCUGUAUGAGUAUUAGGUAUACCAACCAUUACGGACAUAGCCCCGAUCCCUGACUGACGACCGCAAUAUCUGAGGGCCAACAGGCCAAGAUUAGAUAACGGAACAAGUUCGAUAUAGUGCUUAUGCCCUCCUCCACCCCCCCGCCGCCUUCUCGAAUGUAUUUUGAGCUCUCCUCUCCUCUCCUCUUCGCCUUUUCCCGAGCAACACUCACACACACCUAAUAUCACCAUGAAUGCAGCAUUUGGAUCGGGAGGUAUCUCCACACAGGCAUUUCUCGGGGUAGGGACAUUUCUCGUUGUCCUGGCGGGCCUGUGCGUUGCCGCACGUUUCGUGGUCAACAGCCGGUCACACAGAUUCAGCAUUGCAGACUGGGUAUCUGCUGCAGCAGUCGUUAUCUUAGCCGGCACGUUCGCGAACUUCUAUCUUAUAACGCAAGCUAUGGUUGAUCCGAACUCGACACUAUUCUACCUUGCCCAGCUGGUAGCAGCUAGCAAUCCCAUCGCAGCAUCGGCCACCUGGUUUGCUAAGGCUCCGAUUUUUCUGCUCUUUAUUCAUCUCUUUGGUGUCAAGCUAUGGCUCCGAUGGACCUCCUACGCUGCCCUUUUGGUGACCCUUUUGUAUCUCCUAGGUUGGAAUAUUUGGGUCGGCAUCAACUGCGUCCCAUACAGUCCCGAUGACGUCCCUGCACUUCUAGUGAGCUGCGCCUAUGCGGGGUCAGUCGCCGGAGUUGCUUGCGGCGCCUUCAACGUCGUGGUGGGCCUCCUCAUUUUCCUUCUGCCGCUUCCAGUCAUCACGAAGUUGCAGCUGCCCAUCGGAAAGAAGGUAGGGGUAGCUGUUGUCUUCCUCAUAGGUAUCUUAGCUGUCGUAGCUAGUUCAAUAGCGUUAUACUACAAGAGGUUGUCACUAUCAGGUGUGUCAACUGAUCUCAAGGCCGCAAUGAUUCUCACCAUCGUCGAGCUCUCGAUUGCCAUUGUGGUUUCUUGCGCCCCGGUUAUUCAUAGCUUCUGGUCCUCAGUCGUUGUCAACUUGGCCUUUUACUCUAGGAUCCAGAUAGCCGUGUCGUCUAUCUCGAUCCUCCGACCUAGCCAGUCUACUAGAACGAAGAACUCCCAGCAAUCUAGGCAGCCUUUAAACGGCAGUUCCGAGUAAAUCGUUACCCUACAUCCAUAUAACGUUAUUGAUGAUCGUGUUUCCGUAAUAGGCUCGACGAGGAAGUAAGCCCGGGAUGAUGGAACAAUUGCUUCGGUGCCGUUACGUGAUCUCAGCGCCAUAUAAGGACCUAAUACUUUGCGUCGCUUUCCUUGAAAAGAUAUCUACACGCUAGUAGACCUCGGUCACCAGGUCCGAGGGUGGUGCACUUACCCCGCUAGUGAUUACGCUUUACUCGCUGCAAUUUGUAUUAUUACGACUGGAAGAGGGGUUGUGAUUAUUCGAAAUCACGGCAUUUUAUGUAGACAUUGUAGCGGUGCGGUAGGACUUGUCUUUGUAGGGUUUAGGAUGAGGAUCUAUAUGGGUCUUGCACUCGUAUUUUCACCAUCUAUACUUCAGCCUGUAUCCUUCAGUUACCUCAAUGUAGU